UUGUGACCGAGCAGCGGCCCAGACGGUAAGCCGUAAACGACGCUGCAUGACCCAUCAACUUCACCUUACCAAGUGUCGUUAACUCAUAAGUACAGUUUAUCCAUUUACGCACAGGGCAGGUGGGAAGUCUGGUGCCGUGACAAACACAAGGUGCGUGUUUGUACAACUGACAAGAAUAAGGUACAAAAUCAUAACCUGAUUAAGUACUUUCUAUCCAUCAUUGGAUGCCAUGAGCUAGCCCUGGUAGGACGUCAGUCUACAACGGAGGAGUCGAAUCCUGGGCUAGCACUAAAGCUUGAUCUACACACCGCUACUCCAAGGAACCGUUUGGGCUAAAUGUUACCUGGACAAUCCACGCAGUAACGCUGGGCAUUUUGACCUGUCAGCAGGACAGAAACUGGACAAACAUUUGGUGACAUUCUUCCGGACGCUGUGGUGGAAACUGACGGUGUGAUUUUUAGGAACGUUUUGGGAAAAGAACCGGUCCAGUGUUGAUAUGGCGGAUCCACCAGUUGCGAACUUUACCACAUACAUCAUGACAACCCUGGUGACCCGUGGCGUCUUAUAUUGGGCGAAUCAGUCGAACUCAAUUACCGACUCGUCUGACUCCAGUUAUUCGUACGACGUUGAAGCUUUCCAACGAGAAAAACACAUCAACCUGAUCAUGGAAAUCAUCACAAUCAUCUGCUUCAGUUUAACAAUGGUGGUCGGGACCCUUGGAAACAUCUUAGUUAUUUACACCAUUUGGAGGUGUCGAAAUCUUCACACGGUCAUGUAUACUCUCCUUGCCAGCUUAUCUGUUGCCGAUCUUAUCAUGGUCGCAGUUGUGUUACCAUGGCUUUUGAAGUUAACUAUUUAUAAAGGAACGUGGGAGUGGGGUGAAGUCCUAUGCAGGACCCCUGGAUAUUUGCAACUGCUUUCCUCCAUCAGUUCGGUUUUUCAUCUCGCUGCGAUCAGCAUGGAGAGGUGUUAUGCGGUAAUGUUUCCGUUGAAAUCACGUACUAAGCUGACCAUAAGAAACGCCUACAAGAUCAUAGUGACUGUGUGGAUAAGUGCAGCGAUCGCAAGUGUUCCGCAUUUGCUUAGCGUGGGUGUUGUCGCCAUCGACAUGUGGGGAAUAACUAUCCAAUUUUGCAUGAACGUCUGGAACGAAGAGGGGAAGCAAGCUUACUCCCUCUAUCUCUUCUUCAUAGUGUUCGCCAUACCGUUAGUCCAAAUCACCGGCUCCUAUGCUUUCAUCAUCCGAACAUUAUACACCCGCCGGAUACCAAGUGUUGGCGGGAAGAACGGUUCAAUAGCCUUGAACCAGUCCCGUAAAUACAAGACUGGAAGCACCCGCAAUGGUAAUGGAUCAGUCCACGCGCCCAGGACCAGCUCCGUGUAUGUUGCUAAUAGCACGUCAAAGUUGAACCGUAACUCCACCAGGAAUAAAGAGGCAGAAAUCAGACAGAUGACAACAAUGCUUGUAGUGAUCAUCGUACUCUUUGCAAUUUGUUGGGGUCCUAACCUUGGCUUCACAGUCUAUAGUCGCUUCUACCUUGACCCCGAAGAGAGGAACAUACAGAAGUGGAGGUUAAUCUCAUCAGCUCUCCAGCUUCUGUCGCUGAUGAACAGCGCUUGGAAUCCUGUCAUCUACGCCUUGAUGUCAGUCAGCUUCAGAGAGAGCUGCAAGUGGGCUUUACAGGUUUGCUGUAAGCCAAGGAGUGUUCGUCGGAGAAUGAGCACCGUGUCCCGGGCGAACACGGUCAGCCGGCCUGGCAUCAGUGCCGCAGGUGGCUCCACCGCGUACGACAACGUCAGUGAAUCUUCUCACUGCGUCGGGGAGAAACUGUGAUAACCAUGCACGAACCAUCCAGGAUGUCACGGUCAGCGAAAUCUUUCAGUUUACCAAAAUAGUCUUUAAAAAAUAAAUAUAUUUUAUAGACUUCUAUGAAAAGGUCUAAAUGUGUUUUAAAAUGUUUAAACUUUGUUGAUUGCGUUUCGCUAUAUAAUCGUGCAGUAUUCAAUUAAAGGAACACGUUGCCUUGGAUCGGUCGAGUUGUUCAAUAAAAAGCGUUUG